CUUACAGCCGCUAGCUAUCCUAAGAUCGCAAGGAGCGGGGGCGUUGGCAGCGAAACGACGAGCCCGCGACCCAAGCCGAAGAAGCAGCCGCUCCCCCGCCACCGCGCGGACCGGCAGCAGACUAGCAGCAGCCAAGGCGUGACUCGGGGCAGCCUCCCUCAUGGUCCCUCAUCGCCUGGCCUCCAUGCUCCGCGGCGCCUCCGAGCGCGGCGCCUCCGAGGAGCCACCCGCAGAAGCCAGCGCGAGCCCGCAAAUAAAGCAGCGCUGGAAGAGCGCUCUAGCUUUUGCCAAGACGCAGACACGCGACGAGAGCGGGCCGGCGGUCUUCAGCCACCAGGGCCCGGACGGAGCGUGGGAGCCCUACGACGCGGCUAGAUGUCUUGAGAUUGCGACGGCCAUGGAGGCGCAGGGUCCUGAUGGGGCUGUUCAAUUGGAGGGCAUCCCGUUCGAGGUCCGUUGGGGCUCGAAAGCUACUUCCUCGCGCGUAGCGACGCCACCGGACGAGGGCAUGAUCCAAGUCAAUAUUAGGAAUGACAACACGCGCAUCGUCCGACGAGAACAAACAGUGGAGGUCUUCUCGCACCAAGGGCCGGACGGCUCCUGGGAAAAUUACGACGCGGCGCGCUGCGAGGAGAUCUCAAAGGCGAUGAAGGACCAAGGGCCGGACGGUGCUAUUCAACUAGAGGGCAUUCCGUUUGAAGUAAGAUGGGGCGCGCGGGCUACUUCUAGUAGAGUGGCCACCUGUGUGGAAAUCAAAUUUACGGCGCGUUCGUGUCGACCUUCACGCCAUCUUCAUGAUAUCUGCUCGAUGGCGUGACGAUGCCGGUUCCUCACCGCUCGGCGCAUCGCCGAGAAAUGCACCCGACGCACUGGUUGAGUUCCACACAGGUCGCCACGCCUCCAGCAGAAGGCAUGAUCCAGGUCAACCUGAAGAACGACAACACGCGCAUCGUCCGGAAGGAAGCGUCGGGCGUGCUCGCCGUGAAGCCGCAGCCGGCGUCGGUCGGCGAGUACGAGGCUCUUGAGGAAGUACCUGGUAAAGUGGACCUAUCCUUCAAGGAGCUAGGCGACGCCAAGACGCGCAAGCUGGCGUCCUGGAUUAAAAGAACGAAGCCUAUUGGGUUGGAAGGCUUGUUCUUGGCCGGGAAUCAGAUCGGCGAGCCGGGCGCGAUCUCGCUACGAAUGGCCCUCGGCACGGCCUCGAAUCUGCGAGUGUUAGACUUGGCCAUGAACCAAUUAGGAGACGCCGGUGCUUCUGAAAUUGCCCAGCUCCUCGAAACGCUGAGCACGGAACAUACACUUGAAUUGAGGCUAGGAACGAACGACAUCUCGUCCAUAGGAGUCAAGUCAAUAUGUGACGCGUGCGCCAACGGUGCCUUGCAUGCGCUGUUCUUGGACAACAACUGCGUCGACGACGACGCGGCAAUACACGUCGCGGCACUACUGAAAACAGAUACGAAGAUAAAACAUUUACGAUUAGAUACCAAUGGUGUCGGAGAUAGCGGCGUGCAGGCCAUCGCCAAGGCCCUCGUCGCGAACUCAGAGUCGGUCUUGGAGCAUUUAGAAUUAGAUGCGAAUCCGUUCGGCAGGGGCGGGACGCGACACCUGUCGGUGGCGCUCCAGAAGUGCCCUCACUUAACAAAGAUCGACGCCGAUCGUAGAUUUGCGAGAGACGACAGUGGUGUUAGCCAGCCGAAGAGUCGGCGGAAAUUGAUGCGACCCUUGUCGAUCGACGCGGGCCGCGAAAGACGACGGGAGAUCUGGGACCGCGCUAGAAGUGCGCAAGAGCAUCAGGGGUUGAUUUUGAGUGGCGAGGGCUUCGUCGUGCAGACGUGGAGGAUUAUUGUUGCCGAGUUAUAUGCGUGUUCGGCGGCCUUAGAAGCAAUUGGGAUGGGGUUCGGCUGGCGGCCGCCUGCUUCGAUCACGGCCACGUUAUUCGCGGUCUUCGUGUUCGACAUCGUGCUGUCGUUUAACACGUCCUUUGUUUGCCGUGUGGGAAUCAACCAGUGCAUCGCGUCGAUGGCGUCGGGCGCCUUACGUCACACCACGCUGCGCGUCGAUGGCGUGGAGGUGGACAUAUAAAGUCCUCCGUGGCGUCGAUGGCGUCGAGAGACCGACGGUGUUGGAGAGAGAGCCGAGGCGCGGAGAAGCGCGGUCUACGAGCGUCCAGAGAAGCUACGCGUCGAUGGCGUUGGACAGACACGGAGACAAGACGCGAGAGAGGGACAGACAGACAAGGACACAAAAACACACAGGUCCUUCGUCGACCAGUUCCACGAGGAGGUGUUUAAUCGCAAGAGAAUCGCGAAGAACUACGUCUGGCGGCGGGACCGCUCGUCGAACGCGCGCGAGAGCCCGUUCAUCGCCGAAGCUUUAGCGCUCAUACCUGAUAUAGUGCGGUUCUGCGGCUGCACGGCCUCGCUCCAAAGACAACGUAAUAGGAGUGAAGUGAUCAAGUGCGACCGCUGGGGUUCCGAAGGCUACCGCGUCAUCGGCGGGUUAGUGUUCCUACGGUUAGUGAGGUUUCAAGCUUCCAAUAGAGAAUACAUCUCCGGCCAUUCGGCGCGAUUAGUGUAUCUCCUCGUAUUAACAGUACUCUCGAUGCACUUCAUGGGCUGUCUGAUAGCGUACGACAUGUACCGUGGCCGAUUACAAGGAUGGAAGGGGUCGGAUCUGGACUGGUCCAACUACAUGGAUAAUAAUGAUGACAUCUGGAAUGUGGGCGGCACCGGAGAAUACCCGCCAUUGCACCCAUUGUUCACGAAUAUAGGCGACGCGUACUUUGACUGCAUCUGGCGCGUCGCCGGUGUACUCACGGGCAACAUAAGCUGGAUCUCGCCGGCGGGCGUGCCCCAGUCGUCUCUCUCGCGCUUCAUUGGGGUACUAUGUUUCUUCUACACGUUACUGCUGAACGCCGUGUUGAUUGCCGAGGUCGGCAACGUCAUGCACGCCGUGUUGAAUUCCGACGCGGACGCGGACGAGCGGGACGAGAUCUUUGCGGUAAGAAGAUGCCUCCACUACCACCGCGUCGACGCCAAGGUUUCCGAGCGAGUCCUCAAGUACUACAAAUUUGCAUGGCGCUCGAGAAAAGGUUGUUUACCUUUAGAGGAUGUCGCCGCGAAGCUCCCGAAGGCUCUGAGAUUGGAACUCGAUCUGGCCGCUCUAUUUGAAAAAUGUAGAGCCAUUCCCUUCGUGAGCGCGCACGAGGGCGCGACCGUGAUCCAGUUCCUGCGAGCCUUGUCGAUGCAGACCGUGCCGGCGGGGCAGGUCGUGUUCCGGCGGGGCGAGCCGGCCCGGGCGCUCUGCUAUGUCUUACUCGGUCGAUUAUCAGUCGUCAUUCCCAUCGAGCGGAUGGGGCAAGGCCACCAGAAAAAUUACCUCGACGCGAAUUUGCAGCAGUUGCAACUGCUGAUACCGGGCAUGAGCGCGGGCGGCGCCGGGCUCUUCUCCCAGGAAUGUACCUCAAAAGUCACGAUCUGCAACCGCAGCAAGGACUGGGCCGAGAUCGCUUCGAUAACCAAGGCGGACGUCAUGACGUUAUGUGAAAAUGAUGAAGUGAGGCACUGGUUUGAAGAAGCCGCUCAUCAGGAAAACUUUUUAAUAAAGGCGGCCGCGAAGCGGAGCCCGUCCGAGGAGAGCGUUUCGGAAGAGAGCGUCGUGACCCCGACGCCGACCUGGAGGCAACAAUUACGACACUUCGAGACGCACAAAAAAUCCAAAAAGAUGGAUCAUGUGAGGGAUGCCAUCGCCGCGUUUAGUACCUUCGACAUGCAUGACAUGGUGGGGGCGCCCGAACCAAUGAGGACCUCCUCCACGAUGUCGCCGCAGCUCAGGGGCCUCUCGCCGCAGCGGUCGGUGUCGUCCGGUGCUUCUUCGCCGGCUGCUCGCCGCCGCGCGGUGAGUAAGUGACGUUUCCACUUUGUCCCUGGGCGUGGUUGUUACGGUGCUAGCCUGCUAGGACUAGUCGGUGGCGCCCCUGGGAGACACCGUGCGUCGCCGAUUUAUCGCCCGCCGCCGCGUCUUUUCAUAACAGCAUACCUCCUGCUAAGCAGAACCACCUCCCCCCACCCGAACAGCGACGCCUGCUGCU